CGAUUGGUGCGCGCGGAGCCCGGGCCGGGGUAGGGGGGAGGUCGGAGGGCAGAGUUGAAAGGUUGGAAAGGAAACCCUAAAUCCUUUUUUUAUGAACCUGAUCGUCAGUCAAGUAUAACUUUUUUGAUGCAUGAUAUCUAAACCCCCCCACUAUGCCAGCAGCUACAGUAGAUCAUAGCCAAAGAAUCUGUGAAGUUUGGGCUUGUAACCUGGAUGAAGAAAUGAAAAAAAUUCGUCAAGUUAUACGGAAGUAUAACUAUGUUGCCAUGGACACAGAAUUUCCAGGAGUAGUUGCAAGGCCUAUUGGAGAAUUCCGAAGCAAUGCUGACUAUCAGUACCAGCUACUACGCUGUAAUGUAGACUUGCUAAAAAUAAUUCAGCUAGGGCUGACAUUUAUGAAUGAGCAAGGCGAAUACCCUCCAGGAACUUCUACGUGGCAGUUUAAUUUUAAAUUUAAUUUAACGGAAGACAUGUAUGCCCAGGACUCUAUAGAACUAUUAACAACAUCUGGUAUCCAGUUUAAAAAGCAUGAGGAAGAAGGAAUUGAGACUCAAUAUUUUGCAGAACUUCUUAUGACAUCGGGAGUCGUGCUCUGUGAGGGAGUCAAGUGGCUUUCAUUUCAUAGUGGUUAUGACUUCGGCUAUCUAAUCAAGAUCCUCACAAACUCCAAUUUACCUGAAGAAGAGCUAGACUUUUUUGAGAUACUCCGGUUGUUUUUCCCUGUUAUCUACGAUGUGAAAUAUCUCAUGAAGAGCUGCAAAAAUCUAAAGGGUGGACUGCAAGAAGUUGCUGAGCAGCUAGAGCUGGAAAGGAUAGGACCACAGCAUCAGGCAGGAUCUGAUUCUUUACUCACAGGAAUGGCCUUUUUCAAAAUGAGAGAAAUGUUCUUUGAAGAUCACAUUGAUGAUGCCAAAUAUUGUGGCCAUUUGUAUGGCCUUGGUUCUGGUUCAUCGUAUGUACAAAACGGCACGGGAAAUGCAUAUGAAGAAGAAGCCAACAAACAGUCAUGACAUGAAAUGGGAGACCAUGUUUUUUGAGCUCCACAUGCUUGUAUAUAGGUUUUAUCUCUUGUUGAUUCUCUUGGACAAUAAGGCUUUUUCCCCUGUCUCACCACACUUUCUUUUCUGCCUUUCUGUAUACUAAAUCUGACUGUUCCUAUGACAGACUUUUGAUCUUGAUAUGUAGAAUUUUCUGGGUUAAACUUGGCUUUGUACCCAUUGUAGCCCAUCUGUAAAGAAGCAUGUAUAGGUUCAGUGUGGCAGAGAGAAGGGGAAAACUAAAUCAUAAUGAAUUGUCUGGUAAACUUACCUAGUUGGUCUUAGUUUUGUUUUUUCCCUUUUCCCCAAAUUAACAAGCACUGAAUUAACUAACUCCCCCAUUUUGUGUCUAUCCCUUCCAGUAUGCAGGAGUUUUAGCUAUUCAAGAUUGUGGACCAUCAAAUUUGCACUUUAGAGAGUGACUCUGACUCAGAUCCUCUGUUUUAUCUGAAGCUUUGGGGAUUUUGCCCUCAGCUAGAAAAACAAUAGUCUGCCACAAUUUCCAAGUUCACACUGUAUAUGUUUGGUUUUUGAAGCCACAGAACACCACUCAUUCACUGCAUAACCUUUGUUCAAGCAAAACAAACUACUGAAAUCUUACUAAACUGCUGUUAUGUUACUGGUGUUCAGUCAUCCAAGUACAUCCUGCGCACAUCCGCUUCUAAUUGGCCUGCUGCUUUAAAACCGCUCUGUGAUUGGAUAGAAAACCAGCAAAGUGUUUAAAAACCAGCUUUACACCCUUCAGGGAAAAAUCUUGUGUGAUAUUUGAUUUUGUAUUUGCCACUGAAAGUCUCUAAGGAUAUUGGAACUGCAGUAGUUCUGUAAUGGCACACUUCCUGGAUUCAUUUCCUAGCUUUUAUUCCAGUAAUGUAUACCUUUAUAUAUUUUUAUUUUAUAAAGUCAUAUUUAUUAUGUACUUGAUUUGAGAAUUUUGCAAGUCAAUUUAGUUAAAAGAUAAAACCCAAAGACCUUGAAAAACUCAAUUCUGAAUUGAAAUAUUAAAUCACAAGGAAGAUAAAUUGUGCUUUUGUAGUUGCUACAAAGACCGAUGGUACAGAUUUGUUGUAAAACAACAAAAUAUAAAUAACUUAGAUAAUAAAGUUACCUGAGGAGUGUAAUGCUAGUUUAUUUUUGAGUAUAUCUUAGCAAUAUAUUUUAUAUAUAUUGUUUUAAAGGACCGUAAAAUACUUUUCUCUUAACCAUGCAUAGCAUGUGUACAGAGCAGUUGUGAGGAAGACUUAUUGAAUAGCUAAAUACUAACCUGAAAUGAUGGAAUGCACGCCGUAGUGUGUGUGUGCGUGUGUGUGUUAUCUACACUAAAAUCAAUAUUAGCAAAUCUCCAAAUGUUUGCCAGAUUGAUCUGUUGACCUUGUAAUUUAACAUAUUCUUCUUUCAUUGAGUUACAAUAAUGUAACUGGGUGGUCCUUUUUAAAACAAAGAAUUAUUUGCAUAACAGAGGGUAUUUGUUUUUAAAGCUUUUGUAAAUAAAGGCUUCGGAAAUGUUUUCUUACAUA